AUGCAUCACAGCACCCAUCUCGAGAAGGGCUGCCGGCUGGAGAAAGACCCAGUCGGCCUAUCGGGAUGCCACCGUAUCCUUGAGCGACGCACCUUAGGUCUCGCGCGCAAAUCGCAAUCUUCAGCUUGCCCUGGCGACCAGGCGAGCAACGAGCCCACUGCGAUUGCUACGGCUUCAAACACAUUGUUCAGCAAAGGUGGUGCUUUUUUGCCCUCGCUGAUGAGAUCGGCCAUGCUCCUUAAUCUGACCGACGUUGUACGGAUGCAAGCUCGCACAUCGCUUGCGGGAAGGCCCGCCUUGGGCAGUCACAUCACAAUCAAGCCAUCGGACGGCUCUCUGGCCAGCUUUGGUUGCACAUCGAACGGGACCGACAUUGCGAUGCACGUCUUGUCUGCGCUUCACUCCGUACCGUCUCCUUGGUGUCUUUGGGAAAUGUGCGCACCUCGAUUCAUGAUGCGACGCCGUCACCUUGUCAGACACACCCGCCUGCAGGCUCGUCGCAUGUCUCUGAUCGCUGGCAUGUCACUGGCAGCCCCUUUGGCCGAGCAAACAACACCAAGACCGAGGGGAUGCCGCCAUAUCCUCAUCGGCAUUGCAAUUUGCUGCCACCAAAGCAAGAACAAGACGCGAUACUCGCGCGCGAGAGCCAAACAAACACUUCUUGACAUUGUCCAGCUACCGAAAAAGAUCAAACGAACCCGUCCCUAUAGUUCCGCUUCCCAACCACACGGUGGUGUCUGCGCAGGAUUAUUCGCAGUGGGGCCAUUCUCUUUGUCUUUGGUUUUCUCCAUCUUCUCUCUAGGAUACCAUGACAACAGUCGCCCAUAUCACGAUGCGACCACAAUGAGGAGAUCGAGACGUAAACGUCACGCAAGUCGUGCCUCUGAUAACGAGAGCUUGUGGGGGGACAGCACGAUACGGCUGGUAUCGGAGACUCGUCCAUUGUGCUCAACGGAGAACGCGGGGACGACAGUGGGCAUCUUGGAAGUUCGUCGUGGGAUCUUCACCUGCGAGGUCGAGUCAUCACUGCAGGGCAGCACGCCAAAGCAUCUCAUAGGACCACCGUGGAUCCCGACGCAGCACCAUUCGCGCGGGUCGACUACAGCUGAUGGUGAGCACUCGGAUAGCCCCAAUCUCGGCGGCUGGCGUUCUUUGACUAGAAAAUUACAUGCACCUCGACGGUAUUCUGUUCCUUCGAUUCAACCCGUCUUUGAGGAGUACGAUGAGCGCAUGGUCGCAUGGGUCGUUGGACGGAGAAGGAUGGACGACGUUUCAUACGCGCCAAAUUGUCUUGACUGGACGACUUGCCCGAUUAGGACUCGAGAUGAGGCACCAGCCUGUCAGAACGCUCGCAACGCCAACCCCCUGUUGGCAUCGUGCCAAUUUUCCCCCUUUUCUUGCACCUCGGCGGAAAUUUGCCCCUGGCCUUCGAGUUUGCUUCCUUUUUUCCAUGGGCGAACUCUAUUUGAUCACUUCGCAUGGACCUCGCUGCACAUCAUUGGAGUCGUCAACAUUGUGGGGAUUGAGCACAUUGCGACUACUCACUGGAAACAGCUGCCUGUCUUUGAUCUUCUGUCCGUACGGAUGCCUCUCAAUGGCUCCAUCCGCCAUGGGAAAAUAGGAUGGCCAUGGAGUCGUUUCAACUGUCGCAGCACUUCCAUGAUCAUCGCAGUUUGGCAACGGCUUGUGACUGACACGGCGACUGGCACAGACACGCGCCUUGUGCUCAAAGUUUGGUCGAUCCUUUGGGCUGUGCCUGACUUCCCCAGAUUUUAUUGCGCCGAGCAAGCAAAUCCUCGCACACUGCGCGUCGUUCCGAUGUUCCUCUGCAUUGUUAGGAGCUGCAUGGUUCAUCGCUUGAAGCCCAAAAUCUUCUUUUCGGCGGGCGCUGGAGUCACAGUUAAAGCGUCCGCGGAUGCGCCCCGGGAAAUCCUUUGUGAGAGAACAAAUGGCACCCGCUCGCGAACCGCCAGCCUGCGUCUCACUUAUUGCGACCCGGGCAGCCGGGUUGACGGGAAGUUCAGACACGACGAAACCUCCGUGAGGUAUCUGGCAUCACUUUGCCGAUCCACGGUGGCUGUUUUUCUCCAGCCUCCAGGAAUAGAUGCUGCCCAGGCCAGAAUGAACUUUAGCAACUUUGAUUAUGGCCAAGGGUCACUGGAUCAGGUUCGGGCAUAUGCUUGA